GUCAAAAGCUUAUUGUAAACGGCAAGUUGUCUGUCGAUUGCCGUUUGCCCUUAUUUCAAAAUAGUGACGACUAUUUAUUAUUUCAAUUAAAAUAAAGUAUAUAGCAAGAUUAUUCUUCUGUACUACAAAGUCUAUUAAUCCUAUAUUUAUAAAAUAACCCAGUGAACUUAAAUCGAUUACCUAUGACUAAAAUGGCCGAGGAACAAUGGCGUUCUGGGGUGAUCCUCAGGCGUAAUCGCCCUGGUUCUUCAGCGAAGGAUUUUCGUCGGUGGCCCGAUGAACCUUUUGAAGAGAUGGAUAGUACUUUGGCUGUACAACAAUUUAUACAACAAACAAUAAGACGAGAUCCUGCAAAUUUGGAAGCGAUUCUUAAAAUACCCGAGGCACAGGAUGAUGGUGUCUGGAAAUAUGAACAUUUGAGACAAUUUUGUAUGGAGUUAAAUGGGUUGGCAGUAAGAUUACAAAGCGAGUGCAAACCCGAAAUAUGCACGCAAAUGACAGCAACUGAACAAUGGAUAUUUUUGUGUGCUGCUCACAAAACACCAAAAGAGUGUCCAGCUAUUGACUAUACAAGACACACACUAGACGGUGCUGCAUGUUUGUUAAACAGCAAUAAAUAUUUUCCAAGCAGAGUCAGUAUAAAAGAGUCUUCUGUAGCAAAACUGGGCUCUGUAUGCAGAAGGGUGUAUAGAAUAUUUUCUCAUGCUUAUUUCCAUCACAGAGCAAUAUUUGAUGCAUUCGAAAAGGAGACCCAUUUGUGUAAACGGUUUACAUAUUUUGUAACAAAAUACUCGAUUAUAUCAAAAGAGAUACUCAUACUGCCAAAACUUGAAGAUGAAACUCCGAUUGCUCAGCAAGCCGGAGAAUCUGAGGCUUAGGAUGUAAUUAGAUGACAAUAUUGAGAGGAUGUUGUUUAAGUAUUUAUUAUUGAUAUAUCAAAAUUAAUAUCUGUACAAUACCUACGCAGGUACCAUGUGUCAGGACUUAUGAUACUUAAUUACACAGAAGUUUUUAUACUUUUUAAAAUUUAUGUGUUGUCAGUCAGUGACACAUAACUUAUUAUAGUCUUAUUUUAAAUUAAUCUAUCAAGGUGUUAUUUAAAAUUGAUUACCCCUUUUGGACUAACCAUGGACUAUUUUAAAUUGUGUUUGUGAAUCAACCUGUAUAUAUGACUAAAUUUUUAUAUUUAUACUGUUUUCCUUUGUUUAUAAUUUUGAAAAUAUUAGCAUGUCUAUGGUUAUUUCUUUUCAAGGAUGUCCUUUUGCCUGGAUAGAAUAUGAGGCAUGUUAAGGAAUAAUCUAGAAGUUUAAAACUUUCAAUAGGAAAAUAUCCUGUAAACCUACGAAUGUUCAUAUUGAAAUAAUAUUCCAGUUUUUUAUACUUUUUGCUGUAUUCUGUAAAUCACACACUUUGAGAAAUUAAAUAAAUUUGACUGUAUCACUCUG